AUGACUACUGUUUCCAGGGACAUUCAGCUCGAGCGCAUCCACUAUGGGACGGAACAAUCAGAGCCAGCCGAAAUACCUAACGAAGUUGACGGACUUUCAUUGAACCAUGGUGAAUAUCAAGAGAGCGCUGUUGUACAAGCAGCGGAGCGACCCACGAAACAGUACCAGAUUCUGUUGUUGCUGUCUGGAUUUUUCAUGGCAUUCCAUGUCAACGGAAUCAACUCAGUUUACGGUAUAUUCCAGGAAUUUUAUACAUCAGAGGAAACAAAUGUAGUUGAUGCUCGUGGUCAGGAUACCCUCGUCGCCCUCGUCGGGACGAUUGGUAGCGGUUUGACAUGGAGCGGAAGUAUCUUUGUCAAUCCUCUCAUGGCUCGCAUCGACAAUGUCAGGAUGAUAAGUCUCGUCGGUGCAAUAAUUAUGAGCAUCGGUUUAUUUGCCGCUAGCUUCAGCACGAGGAUGUGGCACCUCUAUCUGACGCAGGCCGUUUUAUACGGCGUUGGUUCGUCGAUGUACUACUUUCCAAUCAUAUCUAUUGCACCGGUGUACUUUGAUCGUCACCGCGGAUUUGCAGUGGGUGUCAUCGCAGCGGGAAGCGGUGUUGGCGGCCUGGUCAUUGCUCCAGUGCUUCAACUCCUCCUCGAUAGAUAUGGUAUUCGUUGGGCGCUCCGGGUGCUAGGAAUAUGGAAUUUCGCGGCGGGCAUACCUGUAUCAUGGGUCGUCAGACAUCGCCCUGGCCUUGGGACUCGUGGGCGUACACGAUUAGACCUACGUUUAGUAACAAGCGGUACGUUUAUUUACCAGUCUCUAGCUGCAUUCCUCCAGGCCGCAGGAAACAUCAUCCCAGUCUACUAUCUAUCAUCGUACUGCGUUGCGGUCCUCAAUUACCCGCGUUCAAUGGGCAGUUUGCUUCUGGCCAUAAACAGCGGUGUAAACAGCGUGUCUCGAAUAUCCAUGGGCAUCCUAGCAGACCGCAUCGGCCGCCAAAACACACUCAUAGCUGGUGUCAUGCUCUCCUCUCUGUCGGUCUUAGCCGUGUGGUAUAAUGCUCCCAGAGCUCAGUUUGUCGCUUUCACCGUCCUCUAUGGGAUAUAUGCAGGGGGAUACAAUGCCCUUCUCCCGACCACGAUCACGGAAAUAUAUGGGGUACAGGACUAUGCUAGCGUCAAUGGCUUCAUCUACUUCAUCAGGGGCCUUGGUUCCAUUGGAGGAGCUCCGAUCGCUGGGGUUAUCUUGGGAAGCCACAAGCGAGGAGCGAAUGCCGCCGAUCUUGCAUCACAGCUUGAUGGACACUUGCUGCGGAAGAGGUAUAACGAUCUUAUUAUUUACUCGGGGGUCUUAUUGGCGGCGGCUGGGCUUUGUGUGACUUAUGUACGAUGGCUUCAUGCUCGUGCUCGUGGCCAAUGGUCCUGGAAGGCGUAG